AUGGCGGAUAACACACUACUCCCUUUAUAUGGAACGUCCUCAGAUGACAAAGAAAAGGCAACAACAAUGGUGGACAUGACACAGACGUCCUCGUCGUCCUCUUCCGACGAUACUUUUAACUUCGGGACACUCUUCUUACCACAUCACUCGGAACCUAAAGACGAUUCUUUUGUCGACAUCGAUGGCUUCUUAGUCCCUUUUGACAAGAACGAAAACAUCAUCAAACGACUCAUCUACUGUAUAUUUCCCUGUUGUCUCCCGCCAUUUGUCGCUAAUUCGCGCCUCGAGAAAUACCUCCGCGCAUGCGUUUCAGUCUCUUUUUUUCUCUCAUUAACACUAACAGCCGUUUUCAUCAGCGAACUGGUGAUGUGUGGUAUUGGCACAUUCGCGGAGAACCCCGCGAUAGGCCCUUCCGUGUCUGGAAUUGUAAAAUAUGGUGCGAAGUACCCAUACGGUAUUAAACAAAGUUACGAGGCGUAUAGGCUCUUUGUCCCAAUCAUUCUAUCGCCAUCACUCAUGUCACUUCUUUUACAAGUGUUUUUCACUCUUCGAUUUUUCUUGUAUUUCGAGCAUCGAUGGGGCAUACUUAUAUUUUGCGCAACAUAUUUACUGACAGGAGAAGCAGGCGUGUUACUUUCUUGCGUGUUAAGUUGUAACUCAGUUGCUGUAUGUUCAAGCGGACCUUUUGCGGGGUUAAUUGUCGUGUUUCUGAUUGACCUUGCACUGACAGAUGAUCCAAGGAGGUUUCAUUUCAAACGAUCAGUGUUUACUGCACUUGUCGCUUUGUUAGUAAUAGUCUUUGUAGAACUGUUCCCGUUGCAAGACUUCACUUGUAUAUUGGGAAGUGUUAUUGUUGGACUGGCACUCGGCGUACUCUAUUUCGUACACUUAAACAAGUGGUUUACUGAGCAGCCACUUCUUAUGCAGACGGCAGUCUAUGUCUCUCUUGUUGUGUUUCUGCUGUUGUUCUACACAGUGUGCUGUUUACUUAUUUUCAUAUGGAUCGAACCUUUGGCUAUUUCAGUGUAA